AUGCUGACGCUCACGAGGUUUCUCCGCUUUCUCAUCUUAGCGACACUGCUACUUCUUAUUCCAGCAUUCGUGUACUUGUCACAGGGAACUUCGUCUCCUGUCCGCGACCCAAAGACGGGCGAAUGGAUCUGGCAGGGCAUGCUUCAAUCUAUUCAAGGCCAUGGACCUUAUGAAAACAAUCCACCGCAAGAGAGGCCUUAUCAUCCUAUCACAGACUGGAGAAAGCUUCUUAACAAUGUAAUGCCGACGCACCCAGCUAAGGAGCACAAUUAUAACAACCAGCACCGUCCAGUUUUGCCACCGCAAAAGACAGACCCGGCAGUACCAGAGCCGGUCCGAUUCGGCCACACGAGUGCAGGGCUAUCGUCCGUUGAUGUGCCCGCGGUCAAAAUCGAGCCAAAGGUGGAUGGAGCCUAUGCACCUGCAAUGACCAAUGCGACAGCAAAGGCAGAACUCGGUCGAUCUACAUGGAGAUUCCUACACACAAUGAUGGCGCGAUUUCCUGAGAAUCCGACCCCACAACAAAGUGAAGAUCUGCGCAAAUUCAUCCACUUGUUCUCCCUACUAUACCCAUGCGGAGACUGCGCGGCGCACUUCCAGCAGCUACUCAAGGAAUGGCCACCUCAAGUCGGCUCGCGGCAUAAUGCAGAGCUAUGGCUAUGCAAUGCGCACAACGCGGUUAACACGCGCCUGCACAAGCCUCAGUUUGAUUGUACCAAACUGAACGAGACAUAUGACUGUGGCUGCGGCAGUACCGCCUCAAGUUUACUUUCCGGCAUAAAUCCGCAAGAUGCCAAGGGUAGUGCACAUAUAUUGCCGUUCUAUAUAUAG